UAGUUCGUGAUUAAGAAGCAUGACACUUGUCGGUAAUGGCUGUUCUAAUGCAUUUUCAAAAACAAAUGGAAGACAGAGAACGUUUUAUCCUUGGCGCUGGCAGGACAGACGGCAGCUUGGCUUUCCUCAUAAUCUAGGCGAAUCGAGCCAAGUGACAGCUGGGUUAUAUUCGUGCAUCAAACCUCUUCACACUUGGGAGUCAUCAGACAGCUCUCUCAACACUCACCAAGGAGGCAUAUUCAACUUCGAUUUUUCUCCUGACGGAUCUGUGUUAGCAGCUGCUUGUGAAGGAAAAAGCAUCCUGCUCUUUGAUCCCUUUAAUGGAAAACUGUCUGGUCAUAAAGAAAAAGCUCACCUUGACUGUGUCAACUGUGUUAAAUUCUUAGACACACGAGUUUUAGCCACUUGUUCAGAUGAUAGUACUAUAGCCUUGUGGGAUACCCGCUACUUAAAGUACAAACUUCAGAAUUUGAAUGGUCACUCAAGUUGGGUAAAGAAUGUGGAGUAUGCCAGCAAUAAGGAUCUUCUGUUGUCCUCAGGAUUUGAUGGCAGUAUAUUCACCUGGGAUAUCAACAGUUACUCUGAAGAUGGAACGAAGGGAAAGAAAGUAUUUAACUAUAAGCCACUAAUGAGGUCAAAGUUGAGCCCAGAUGGAACAAAGCUUUUUGUGUCAACAGACAAUGGAAAUAUACUUUUAAUUCACAACCUUGACCUUUCAACUUUAGCCGAGGACCUUGUUAUAUUUUCACCCUAUCAGUUUAGACAGCUGAUUGAAAAUCAUGCCGCAGCAGGAUCGGAUAAAAAAAGAAAUCGGGUAGAGGUCAUUAAUGAUUGGCCAAUGGGAAAUAAGGCCAGUGUAAUUGCAUCACUGCAGGUGCAUCCUCAGGGUUGGUGUGUACUUUCUAGGAAUACAAGCAGGGACAGAAACUCAGAGUGGACUUGUAUACAUGAUGUGCAGGAUACAAAAGAAGAUACAGAAGAUUCAAGUGAUAAAGAACCCCCAAUACGUCAUUCAUCAAGUCCUUCCCCAUCACCAGUACGCCCCAGGACAUCAAGGGGGAGGCCAUCAAAUAACCGCGCAAUACCCCACCUCCAAAGGCGUGGGGCAAUGAACUAUGAAUCAGAUCAUUCUGGGGCGGACAUUCCUGUUAGGACUCGCUUACACAUCACAAAUUCCCAUUCUAGGAGUAAUGUUAACGUAUCAGGUACAGGAAUUUCAACCCAUAUUUCUACACCGAAUUUGACCAAUUCCAGACGGAUAUCAAAUUUUCCACAGAAUUCAGGGUCUCCAGGAUCACCAUUAUCCGAUACAGACAGUGAUGUUGGAGAUACAGUGGUGAUCAGGAUGGAUCAAGAUAGAGAGAGACCACCAUACGGACAAGAGGAUGGGGAGGUCUCUGAUCCAGACGUGGAUGAAAACAGUCAUUUAAGUGAUUCUCUGAAUACAGACAGUCCAGACGAGCUGGAAGCAAGACGAGCCAUAAGUGACAUUCUCACUAUUGUGUUUGGAUCAGGCUCAAGAAGACAAGUAUUCCAGUUCAAUCACAGUGAGGGUCUUAAUGACUUAAUGGAAGAAGAAAGUCCAUUACAGUUUCCAUGUAAAAAACGUUUAUUAUAUUAUGCUGAUGAACCCAAUGUUGGACGUGGUUUCAUUAAGGAGUUGUGUUUUAGUUCCAAUGGACGAAUGGUGUGUUCACCGUUUGGUUUUGGUGUUCGAUUGCUAACGUUCGACUCUCAAUGCAGUGAGUUAUGCGAGGUGGUGCCUAAGGCUCCGGUAAAACUUUAUGAGUUGGGGUCCAGUAUGUCCCAUACCAACAAUGUACUGACUUGUAAAUUUUCACCUACCCAUCCCCUGCUGGUCACGGGCUGCCUUAGUGGCAGAGUGGUGUUUCACCAACCUGUUCUUUGAUCACUCCUCUUCACAAUAUCUUGUUUCCAUUAAUUCUGAGAGACGGAGUAACAUCAGCUCUUUAUAUACAGGAUAAGGGAAUACAUUAGGAGACAAAACUUAGGAGACUUUUAGUUCUUGGUCAAAAUACAUUUAUCUCAAGCAUUUUCAUUUCUCUAAAAAUUGAAAAUAGAUU